AUGGCGGUUGUGCUAAAUUCCGAAGAGAACAGCUAUUUUUCAUCAGGUCCGCUACAUCGCUCGCAUUCUCAGCCUAAAUUUGUGACAACGUCAUCAACGCUUCCGAAAUCUCCAUCUCGAUGUAAUAGUAUUAAUGGGUUUCCUCUAAUCGUGUUACCUAGAACACCUUCAUCGUUGGAAGCAUCAUCCCCACGGAUAUUUCAUACAAAUAGAGCAUCAUGUUCAUUUACAGCCAGGAGUAACAUACCUCAAUUACCUCGCCGUAUUGACGACGAAGAAGAAAAUCAGGUUGUAUUCCCUUCCUACGAAGAUGUCGAUCAAUAUCAACAAGCGAACUAUUUUGAAUCGCCAACAAGUCCCUGCACUGAAGACUCUUACACAGUCACACCUACGUUAUCUCCAGUUUCUAAUAGUCCGCUGACUACUCACUCUAGGCCAGAGUCUCCUGAGCUAGUCGAACAUGCUGAGGACGACACGGCUAUUCGUAUUCAACCCUCAAGGCACGUAGAUUAUCUUUCUCAUAACUGGCGAGAAGAAGACAUUUGGUCCUCGUGGAAGUAUAUUGUAUCGAAACGCAAAGCCUACAAUAAUAGCGCACGGCUCGAAAAUGCUUCGUGGCGAACUUGGAUCAAGGCGAAAUAUAAGCUUAAAACAGUAUCACCUGAAACCCUCAAUUGGUUAAAAGACUGUGAUGUAACCUGGCUCUACGGCCCGCUCCAACCUGGUUCACACUGUCCGUUCGACCUACCCUCGCCGCGCCAUCUGGGUGACAGUAGGAUGUCAAAAACAAACUCAUUUCUCAACAAAAAGCCCAUUUUAAAGAAACGAAGCAUGUCUGAAAUAAUGCUUCAAAAAUCACUUUCCUCUUCGUCACUACUUAAACAAGCGGCAGCAGCUGUACAAGCUCAGCAGACCGAGAGACCAGAUAACUGUGUUCGACUGAACUGUCCUUCUAAAUCGUUUGUAUACGCUCUAUCUACUCGACGCUCAACGGGCCUUCAUCCAAGCUAUAUAUCAUCUAUGUCGUCAUCAGAUCUACCAUCUCCAUCCAACGGGGAUAAAAAACGUAUACACUUCAAUGAGCAAGUAGAGCAAUGUAUUGCUCUCGAGGUAAAGGGUGAUGACGACGAAGAGAUUUUAGUUGAUGAUUACAAUGAUAGUGACUCAGAUGAUGGGGGGAUUAUGAUGAAGCCGAGUAAUUCGAAACGUAGGCUUCCGCCAAUGAAGAGUAGAAAAAAGCCAUGUGCUAGCCCAAACCAGGAAAGCAAGACUAUUGCUAUGUUACCAUCGACAACUCUAAAAUAUAGGCCUGAUACGCCUGACAUUCUUGAAAUGGAAGUUAGCAAUUUCCACGAUAUUCAAGAUGAAAUAAAGCUACCUUCUGCUUCAUCUCAGCCUCUAGAAAUAUUACGGCCGUCCAAGCCUUCCACGAUGAUGUUAUUUGCAGACGAUGAUGAUGAUCACGACGAUGAUAUGAACUGGGAACCACCAAGCGAUAUGUCAUGUGGAAACAAAGACCUCGAAAUACCGAAAGUUGGAUUAAUAAGUUCUAGUCCUCUAGCUUCAUCUCUUGACCUUACUGGCGACGGACAUUCACCACUACGGCGUACAUCUUCGGGAAUGUUUAUGCCGUAUGAAGAAGAAGAGGAAGUUACGUCUGACGGACUUUUUGGUAGGGUUGUGGAUACGGUAAAUACGGCAAAAGAUAUUGCUCACGUUAUAUGGAACGUGGGAUGGCGAAGGUAA